AUGGCUUCGUUCCCCGCACCUUCCCGCAGGCAGUUCCCGGCGUCCUGGCCAGAGGCGGCCGUGGUCACGUCGCCCGUCCACCGUGCGGGAGCCAGGGGCAGGGGGCGCAGCAGGGCGAGAGCCGAGUGCCGGCCAGGCCGAGAGGCUGGCAGCCUGGCGGGAGGGGAAUUUCCCGCGGCUGACGUAGGCCCGGCGCAGCCGUCAAGCCGGAGGCGUGGGGCGGGGCGUCCUAGCUGCCGUAGCGCGCGCGACCGCCCCCAGCGCCCCGCCCUGCCCGCCCCCGCUCGCUCUCACCGUUCGCCCCGGCGCAUACGCCCCCGGCGCUGCUGCGGCGAAGGGCUUGGGCGGGGGUCGAGGGAGCGGGAGCUUGGGGUGGGCUUCGGGAGCGCAGGAACAGCGGGAGCCGGGAGGUCGCAGCGUGAGAAGGCCGCCUGUUCCCGAGAAAUCCCCCUCCUCCAGAUGAAGUAUUCGGGGUUCAGAGAAGUUACUUCAACAUACAGCGCUUCCGAAUGCUGGAGAGAGAUCAAUUUUAAGGUUGGAAGGAACCCUAUAGAUCAUUUAGUUCAUCUCCCUCGUUUUACACAUGAGGAAAAUGAGGCACGGAAAGUGUGGUUUUGUCCUGUUGGAUCAAUUAUCUAACCUGGGCCUGGACUCCAUCUACCACUGUCGCGCCUGGUUCACUGCAGCUCACUUCAUCUUCCUGUGCCUUCUCUGAAAGGCCCCCUCCAAAAGUUUCCUGGGUAUGUCCCCUCAAGGUACAUGCCAUGCCUACAUUCCCACCUGUAGUAUUCUGAUUGAGCCACCUCAGAACUCACUGGUAAUGCUGGACACAUUCUGUGCCCAUCUUCCCAGACCUCCCUCCCCAAAUCCGGCCACAGUUGCAUGACUACCUGGUAUAACUGUCAUAGUCUUUAAAGGGUGAUUUCCCCAAUUAAACUUAUUGUUGACUCCUUAUCUGACCUUUUAAGAGAGGACCUCUCAAGAGCUUCCUGGAACUAUGCUCCCUGGUUGAGGGUGGGGUGGGUGUGUAGAUUAUUCCAGUCUCUUCUCUGAAAUCUCUCCUUUUUUAUUGGAGUUCUUUGGACCCGUGUCACCCUUUUUGGCCUAGUAGUAGCCAAAGGAAAAGAGUCUCUAUUAAUAAUACCUUAUUUGAGAGCAAUUGGGUCCAAGCAUAUCUCCCUUUGCCUUUCAGAUUGGACUAGUCUUGCCUUCACAGUCAAAACAUUUCUCUUAAGGAAAUCCUUCCCUCUACAUGGUAGUGGUGCUAAGGCUCAACUUUUGCCAGUCAGAAUGGACACUGGCUGCAAACAACCCAAGUGUGUCUCUGGCUGAACCCCAGGCUUCCCCUGCUGUCCUCCCUUCCCCCAUUAUCAGCCUAGCUCUUUCUCUCCAACUGCUCUCAUUCUGACUUUAGGUCAACGUGUCUAAAUCAAUUCAGCUCCUCCUUGAUUCUUGGAGACAGUAUGCUCCUGCCACAGGUCUU